AUGAAAAUCACUCAGACAGCAGCUCUCGCCGUCCUCUUGGCAACCGUUUCAGCAAAGGCUAUUCCCGCUCAGCCUAACUCUCAACUCAAGUCCACACCCAAGAAGACGGUUGACACCACUCGCCUCCAUUUCUAUAAUGGCACUUGUACUGCUGAAAAUAUCCGUGUCCGUAAAGAAUGGCGAAACAUGACUCCAAGCGAAAAGAGUGCUUAUCUGAAGGCUGAGCAAUGUUUGUUCAAUCUCCCUGCCGCUACCACCUUAUCUGGUGUCACGAGUCGCUUCAGUGAUCUUCAAUCUCUUCAUCGUGAUAAGACAAAUCAAACCAUUGAUGGGCUCUAUGUUCAAGAUAUCAUCCACAACGUCGGCCAAUUCCUUCCAUGGCACAGAUACUACAUGCAUGCCCAUGAGACUCUCCUCCGUACCGAGUGCGGUUACACUGGUCCUAUGAGUUGGUGGGAUGAGGCUAAGGAUGCCGAUGCUGGCGACUUCUUCCAAUCUGACAUGUGGACUGCUGAACACUUCGGCUCAACCAACUUGGAUGAAAAUGCAUGUGUCAUUGACGGUGCUUUUGCCAAUACAACCGAACAUAUCGGUCCUUUACUCGAGAACACCGAUUACUGCUUCUACCGAGCAUUUGAUCUUACUCAAGUUCAAUACUGCACCUCUGAGAAGGUUGCGGAAUGCACACAAUACAACGAUUACUAUAAUUUCUUCAACUGCAUGGUGAUCUAUCCCACCAGCCCUCACGUCGCUGGACAUGCUGCUGUCGGUGGAAUGAUGGCCGAUAUCGAUUGCUCCGCAGGUGAUCCAGCCUUUUUCAUGCACCACAACUAUGUUGAUCGUAUGUGGUGGCAAUGGCAACAGGGAAAUGCUACUUCCCGCAUGUUUGACAUUAGUGGAAACAGUUUGAACGAGACUUACCUCGCCGAGCAAGGCGAUGUGGCUCCUGCUGCUGGCUGGCCUCAAACUACUCUCGAGUAUACUCUCACCACUGCCGAUAUCCUUCCAGAUGUCCAAAUCUAUGAUGUUGUUAACAUUCAAGGUGGGUAUCUCUGCUACGAGUAUGACUAUUAG